AUGUCGGUUUCAGCAUCCAAGGCCAAGAGAGACGCCAAGAAGGCUGCCAAGUUGGCAGACGGCAAGAUGAAGAAGCUCACAAAGAAGGAGAAGGAGAAGCUCGAGAACCAGGACGAAGGGGACUCGGCAGCAGAUGCGAUCGCCAAAUUAAAGCUCCAGCAGGACAAGGACGGGUUGUCCGACAGAGUCACCACAGGUGUGCUAGAAUCUCUUGUCACUUCGAGAGAUAUCAAGCUUUCGUCGGUCUCCCUACUUUUCCACGGUAAGGUUUUGAUUCAAGACUCCACUCUCGAAUUGAACUACGGUAGAAGAUACGGGUUGUUGGGUGAGAACGGGUGCGGUAAGUCUACGUUCCUGAGAGCGCUUGCUGCAAGAGAGUACCCUGUCCCAGAAAACAUUGACAUCUACUUGUUAAACGAACCAGCAGAGCCAACAGAAUACUCUGCCUUGGAGUACGUUGUCAGAGAAGCAGAGGCCGCCUUGGCCGCCAUGGAAAAGGAGGUCGAGGACAUCAUUGUUGAGGAUGGCCCAGAGUCUCUCCUCUUGGAACCAUUGUACGAGAGAAUCGACGAAAUGGACCCUUCCACUUUCGAAGCUAGAGCCGCCAUCAUCUUGACCGGUUUGGGUUUCAACUCCAAGACUAUCAAGAAGAAGACCAAGGACAUGUCUGGUGGUUGGAGAAUGAGAGUUGCCUUAGCAAAGGCAUUAUUCGUCAAGCCAACCCUCUUGUUGUUGGAUGACCCAACAGCGCACUUGGACUUGGAAGCCUGUGUCUGGUUGGAAGAAUACUUGAAGAACUUCGACAGAAUCUUGAUUUUGGUCUCCCACUCCCAGGAUUUCUUGAACGGUGUCUGUUCCAACAUGAUCGAUAUGAGAAUGAAGAAGUUGUUGCUUUACGGUGGUAACUACGACGCUUACGCAAAGACAAGAGAAGAGCAGGAAACCAACCAAAUGAAGCAAUACAACAAGCAACAGGAAGAAAUCGUCCACAUCAAGAAGUUCAUUGCCUCCGCCGGUACAUAUGCAAACUUGGUCAGACAGGCAAAGUCCAGACAAAAGAUCUUGGACAAGAUGGAAGCAGAUGGUUUGAUUGAACCCGUUGCUCAAGACAAAGUUUUCAACUUCCGUUUCCCAGAAGUUGAGCGUUUGCCACCUCCAGUCUUGGCCUUCGACGACAUUUCCUUUGCUUACGACGGUAAGCCAGAAAACAACUUGUACGACAACCUUUCCUUCGGUGUCGAUAUGGACUCCCGUGUCGCCUUGGUUGGUCCAAACGGUGUGGGUAAAUCCACCUUGUUGAAGAUUAUGACCGGUGAACUUCAAACACAAAAGGGUAGAGUUUCCCGUCACACACAUAUCAAGCUUGGUGUCUACUCGCAGCACUCUGCAGAUCAGUUAGAUUUGACCAUGUCACCUCUAGAAUUCGUUAGAGAAAAAUACUCACAUAUUUCACAAGAUUACCAAUACUGGAGAGGUCAAUUGGGCCGUUUCGGUUUAACCGGUGAAGGUCAAACUUCUCAAAUGGCAACCCUUUCUGAAGGUCAACGUUCGAGAGUCGUUUUCGCUCUUCUUGCGCUCGAAAAGCCAAACAUCUUACUUUUGGACGAACCUACUAACGGUUUGGAUAUUCCAACCAUUGACUCCUUGGCUGAUGCAAUCAAUGAGUUCAAUGGUGGUGUUGUUGUGGUUUCUCACGAUUUCAGAUUGUUGGACAAGAUUGCAAAAGACAUUUUUGUUGUUGAAAACAAGACUGCAACCAGAUGGGACUCUUCCAUUGCUGAAUAUAAGAAGAAAUUGGCAAAGAAUGUUGUUUUAUAA